AUGGGUUUCUUCACGAGCCUCUACGGAGGGCGAAAGCUCCGCGCUGCCUUUGCGACUUCCUGUAGCGACCCCUGUACCAGCACGCUCGCAAGCGCUUCGCGCACAUACCUCAGCUGUCAACAGGGGAACUUGAAGAGGCCCCAGGGCAGCAGCUACGCUGGCCUGCGUUGCGGUUUCCACCCUUGUUCACGCUGGGCUUGCUUGCGUGGUUGCAGCUCGGGCAGCCAGUGGCUGGCACCUGCGCGCUCUGGGCACCAGCAGCGACUAGGCCGCGCACAGCACGGCGACCUAAACUGGAAUCCUAGCCGGCGAAGAGGUGCAUGGACAGGACUUGCCCAGAGCGGGCUGUUGCGUCGACCCUGGCGAGCCUCUCACUCGCCCAGUAGCAUCCGGGAGCGUGCACAUGCUCAAACCGCGGUUGUAUUGCGCUUCCUGCGGAGCACGCUGCAGCAACUCGUAGGCAGCUCUCCAUUGGAUAAGGAAAUUUCACGACUAGCACUGCCGGCUUUGGGUGCCCUAGCACUCGACCCGCUGAUGACGCUCGUGGAUACGCUGUUUGUGGCGCGGAUUCCACGCUCCUGGACAGCGACAGUGUGGACUCCGGACCCAGCCCCAUUAGCGGGCGUUGGUGUCUCGACCAUGGUUUUCAACUUCUCCAUCAUUCUCUUCCAAGCACUGGCCAUUGCAACGACACCCAUCGUUGCACGGGCUGGCGCGGCUGGGAAUCACGCUGAGGCGAGUCGAGCGCUAGCUCGGGGCCUCUGGUUAGCGUGCUCGCUCGGUUUGGUGCUCGCAGUGACGAUUUUCCUGGGUUGCCCCUGGUUACUGGGGAAGCUCGGAGCCUCGGGCAGUGUCCUACAAUAUGGCGUCGCGUAUAUCCGCACCCGAACGCUCGCAAUGCCCUUUGUCGUCGGCAGUAUGGUCUUAUCGGGGGCAUUCCGUGGGUAUCGCGAUACCGCGACUCCCUUCCGUAUCUCACUGGCUACAAACGUGCUCAACUUUUUCGGUGAUGCGCUGCUUAUAUUUCCGCUGAGACUGCACGUGAUUGGGGCGGCAGCUGCAACCGCUCUCGCACAGAUUCUCACGUUCUGUUGCAUGUUCCUAGUGCUAACUCGAAGACGACCUGGAACUGCGCCUGUGCCCCCACAAGCGCAUGGACCGCAGCCUCGGUACCUGGUACAUCGUUCCUGGACCGGUACACUGGAACGUUUCCAGCACUGGCUCUUUGCACAAUCGCCCGCGGCGGGUAUACUCGACUGUCGGGAUCUGCGUCGACCUCCGAGUUGGGCACAAAUUCGACCGCUUCUAUCCGCUGGCGGCCUGGUGACGAUCCGCACGGUGUCGAUUCUAGUAACGCUUACUUAUGCAACCAGCACGACAGCGUACUACGGGGGGCCGGUCGCCUCGUCCGCUUUCGAGGUCCUCCGACAGGUCUGGGUGAUGACCGCUAUGCUAUGCGACUCGCUGUCGGUGGCAGCUCAGUCCAUGGUAGCAUCAGCUCUUGGCGGUGCGCGGCUACUCACGGAGAAGGAUUGUGUGGCGUUGGGUGUUCCGCUUGACGCUGAAGUUCAGGACCCUUCGGAUGUGGCGAGGAUACAAGCGCGUUUGGCUGCAAACCGAAUCGUUCAAUUGAGUCUGCGCGUGGGCCUCCUGUUCGGGGUGCUCUGGUGGUCGCCACUGGGUCACCAGCUCAUACCACAUAUAUUCUCCCCGAAUGCAGCCGUGCGGGAGGCGACGCGUCAGGGCACGCGGGUGAUCGCUUUAAUGGCCCCGCUGAAUGCCAUUACUUGGGCGCUGGAUGGUGUUGCUAUUGGAGCGAUGGAUUAUGCGUAUAUAGCGAAGGCGAUUUUUUGUGCUAGUGCGAGCUCGCUUCUGGCGCUGGAGUUUAUCCGGCGGCAGUUUGCUGCUGCCUUGACUUGUGGGAAGACGCUGAGCGCACAGCACGUUGUGGUACAGGUUUGGCACGGCCUCAAUAUGCUGAUGGUUGGUCGAGCGACUGCCAUGCUGUUGCGCUUUCUGAUGCCUCAAAGUCGUUUGCCACCAUUACGAGCGCUGCUGAAACCGUCGAAAGCGAACUCGGAGCCGGGCGGUAUCCAGCCGGAAGUCGAGGAGUCCUCUGGACGGGCUCGCAAUGCGGCUGCCCAGCGGGAUGCAUCUCACUGA